UCUAGCUCUAUAACAUUUAAUUUGUAUACCGAGAGUUCACAGUAAAAUCAGAGCGAUGCAUAAGGAAUUACACGGACAAAAUUCAACGAAACACUGACUCAUGCGCAUAACUCAAAGUAAUGGAAAGUAAUUACACGGAUACGCGACUAAUUUGAAAUGGAUGGGAUUGAAGAGGCCAGAAUACAGCUGUCAGAAAUUGAGCUCUUGCUAAGCAUGUUUCCCGGUAAGGAAGAGCUCAUCAUAAAUGACCAGCUGGCAUUUGCAGAACUUCGAGACUACGUUGAAGGAAGGGCAACUGACCCUCCUUCUUCCAGGGCACAAUUUACAAUACAGCAAAGGUUAGAAUCUGCUAAUGAUAACAUGGUGAUGUUUUCACUGUCCUGCACCUAUCCUUUGAAAUACCCAGCUGUUUUACCAGAAAUUGUUGUAAGGUCUUCAGAAUUAAGCAGAUCAACUCAAGCACAGCUACACACAGAUUUAAAUGCUUACUUGAAUGAGAACUGUUGUGGAGAUGUGUGUGUUCUGACUGCUAUAGAGUGGCUCAAAGAACAUGCAUCUGUUUUCUUUAAUAAGGACCCUUCUCCAACUGUAAAAAAACAAGCUGGCACUCCAUUGAAAAGUAGUAUUUUUACAAGGCUGUGGAUCUACAGCCACCACAUUUAUAACAAGCAGAAAAGGAAAAAUAUACUGGAUUGGUCCAAGGAACUUAAGCUAACCGGAUUUAGCAUGCCUGGGAAACCGGGCAUUGUGUGUGUGGAAGGGUCUCAAAUAAUCUGUGAGGAGUUCUGGGCAAGGCUCCGACGGCUAACUUGGCAGAGAAUCUUAAUUCGCCAUAGAGAAGACAUUCCUUUGGAUAAUAGCUGUGCAAAUAUUGAUGCAGAGCUAGAAAAACAAAGGAGAUUUACUGGGUUUGAAGAAACCAUUUUUGACAUUCGUGGAAACAGAGGAAACCAUAUGGACCUAGGACAACUCUAUCAUUUUCUGAAUGAAAAGGGCUGUGGAGAUGUUUUUCAGCUGUAUUUUGGAAUUGAAGGAAGGUAGCCUCAGAUUGUGAUUACAUCAUACACACUCUGCCUGUUGAGAGCACUUUAGAUCAUUUUGAUGGAAACCCCGGAAGCAACCAUUCACAAGUUUUUCUGAUUGUAACGUGGUUACUUUCAGCAAUGAUACAUGGAAAAUCUGGCAUUUAUUAAAAAGUGCUUUCUAACAAUCUGGUAGAGGGUGAAAAAAUAUCUAAUCCAAGUUAUAAAACAUUACAAAGAAAUAAAAUAAAUGUAUUCCAUGUCAUUAGAUUAUUUUUGGUAUGUUUCUAAUUUAUGAAAAUUGAUGUGAUUUGAACAAGUAACAUUUUAUGAUAAAAAACUCUCUGGUUCUAACAUUCUGAAGACUUACAAGAUGUCAAAUAUUCAACCAAGAUAGAUUUUUAAUAAAUACUAAAAUAAUAUGUCUAUUAAGCCUAUUACUUGCCCAUGUCCUUUGGAUAAAAUAAGCACAAAUAACAGGAGAUAACAGUAAUCAAUUAAUUUACUCCCAACAACGUAUGUGAGUUUAAGGGAGUUUUUGGUGUCUUAUUCUGGUCAUGGAUUAUGAGAAAAAAAAUUAAAUGCAGAAUCUUUGGACCACUGAUAAAUUAAAAGAUCAAAAUAUAUUACAAACUUUACAAUAAAUUGUAUGUUACAGAUGUCACUGACUAUGUAGCAAGUCCAGAUCAUGUAUAGGAGCAUUUUGUGUUUAAUAGCCACUGAUAUACUCAUUCUGUGAGCAGCAGUGCUUGCUCACUACUUCUCUGUGGGAAGAUGUAUCUUGAACAAGGAACCACUGAUAACUGACAACUGCUUAUGCAAUUGUCAUAAAACUUUAUAUUAACAUUAUUUAGCUUACGUUAUUGUUUAUAUACUGUGUGAAGCUGGGGAUAUAAAGUAGUGAGUCUGCCAGUCCGUACAUCUGUAUGUCACAUAUUUUUGCAUCUAUCUAGUUGUCAUUAAACUUGAUAUUAUUUGGUAUAAGGUAUUGAGAGAAUUAGAUUCUGGGGAUAUACAGAGGUGUCUGCCUGAAUAUCACACUUGCAUUUUUGCAUAUUUUGUCCAUGAGCUCGGUGCCUUGAUCGGUACCACCCCAGGGAAACCAAAAAUAUAUGAUAGUCCAUCUAAAUGAGUAGCUUUAUCCUAGUAGUGUCCCCUUCAAUGUUUUAUGUCAUUUUCCAUUUUGCUACUCAGUGUUGCAAGCAUAUGCAAAAGAUUUAGAAGUGAGUAG